UUCAAGAAAGUGUGUAUUAGAAUAAAAGCUUAAGUUGAUGAUGAUGAUGAUGAAGGAUAUUUAGGCUAGGUGUCAACUUUCAAUUUCUGGUCAUUAUUUGCGUUUUCGUUAAACUAAUUUUAGCUCAGCCAUGGCGGAUUUACUAUUUUUAUCCAACUUGAUUAGUUUCAUUCCUUUAACCAACAAAAAAAAAUCAAAGAAAGAGAAAAAAAAAGUUUGGUUAAUCUUCGUGCUUUCCACUAACUUCUCUCUUGUUUCUCCAAAUCCUUUCCUGGAAAAUUUUGAUUAGUUUCAAACUCUUAAUCAGAGAGAGGCGUGCAACACAAGGAUGCCUUCUCCUGGGAAAGAAGCAACCCAACCCAAAACCGAUUCAGGUUCGGGUUCGGGUCAAACCUCUGAACGCGAUACCAACCAACCACCACCUCCUCCACCGCAAUCUCAACCGCCUCCAACGCAAUCUCAACCGCCUCCACAGCAAACACAACCGCAUCCACCGCAAACGCAACCGUAUCCACAAGUUAUGGGCUAUCCAGGUUACUCCCAAGACCCAUACUCAAAUUAUCCAAACGCGCCUUAUAAUCACCAACAAUACCCCUACGCGCAAGCCCCACCAGCUUCCUAUUACGGUUCUUCUUACCCGGCUCAGCAAAAUCCGGUUUACCAAAGACCAGCUCCUUCCGGUUUCUUCAGAGGAAUUAUAACCGGUUUAAUCGUUUUAGUCGUCCUCCUCUGCAUCUCCACCACCAUAACAUGGCUCGUCCUCCGUCCUCAGAUCCCAAUUUUCUCGGUAACCAGUUUCACAGUUUCCAAUUUCAACUUAACCGAACCGGUUUUCUCCGCUCAGUGGACGGCUAAUCUCACCGUGGAGAAUCCAAACACGAAACUGAAUGGAUACUUUGAUCGAAUCCAAGGAUUCAUCUACAACCAAAACGCGAUCGGAGAAGACGAUUUCUUGGCGAUGUCGUUCUUCCAGCCAGUUUUCGUGGGGACCAAGAAAUCGGUUCCUAUUGGCGAAACCCUAACGUCAGGAGGGAAAGAACAGCCGAAAGUUCCGAGUUGGGUUGGAGAUGAGAUGAAGAAAGAGAGGGAGACCGGAACGGUGUCGUUUGAUCUGAGGAUGUUGGUUUGGAUUACUUUUAAGACCGAUGGUUGGUCGGCGCGGGAGAGAGGGCUUAAAGUGUUUUGUGGGAAGUUGAAAGUUGCGUUUGAAGGAGCAUCUGGAAACGGUGCCGUUUCGUUGACUAAGCCUCUUCCUUGUUUGGUUUACGUUUGAUCCUUCUUCCUUGAAUUUUCUUCUUCUUGACGUUCUCUUGUAUAAUGUUUGAUUGUUUACUAUACAAAUUGAUAGAAAUCUCGAAAACAAAUGUUUAAUUGUUUACUAUACAAAGUUGAAAAAAAAUCUCGAAAACGGAGUUAAAAGGGC